AUGCGCGUGAUCCUGAACAGGAAGGAGAUCGAGUUCGAUCUGAGCGAUUUCAUCUGUCCCAUCACGGGGGACCUGAUGAGCGACCCGGUCAUGGACAGGCAGGGGCACACGUACGAGCGCAAGGCCAUCGAGCAAUGGCUGGAGCGAAGUUGCAACUCACCGAUGACUCGCUAUCCUCUCUCCAAGGCAGACCUCAAGAGCAACGAGCCGCUGAGGAAGGCAAUCCAGAAGUACCAGGAC